AUGUUACGAACAUUUCCGCAUCUUGCUUUGCCUGAAAAUGUUCUUUCUUUCGAGGGAGAAUUUUUUUUCGAGCUGGUUCGUAGAACAUGUGGAGACGUUUUUAAAGAAUUGAUGGAAGUACUUUCUAUCAAUACAGUAUACAAAUUACUGCUGGCUGAAAAGGAUAUUCUCUCUGUUUUCCAGAAGAACUAUCGUGAAUUAGAAAAAAUAACACAAAGAGCAUGUCUUCAUCUAGAUGAUGGUACCAUUAUGCUCAAACCAGGAUUACUGAUGGAUUUCAAUCGUUUUAUGGAAGCUCUUCAUGCUGUAAAGGAUCAGAAUAAGGAUCAGCAAGAAGAAUCUACAGCUACUGCAAAUAAUAUUUGUUCUUUGUUGCAAAUGUUAAUAAAAAAACAUCGCAUGAAUGACGGUAGUGAUUCACAAAGUAGCUAUUCAUUUUUAAUAGCUUUUGUUGAAAAUAUUUCGAGCAAUCUUUUGAAAAAUAAAAAUAAUUAUCGAUAUAGUGAAGCUGUGCUAAAUUUCGCACAAUCAUUGUUCAUUUUAGGAGGGAGAAAUGUAUAUGAAUUCGUCCGGCUGAAUUUGCCGGGUGCUCUUCCUGCAUUGUCAACGUUGAACGCUAGCCUUGAGAAAGCUGGUGUGGGCAUUGAAGAAGCUGAAUUUCGAUACGAUUUGCUUCAUCAUCAUCAAAACCUAUGUGGCUAUCAGGUAGCUGUUUGUUCUGAAGAUUCGACUGCAGUCAUGCAGAAAAUUAUUUAUAGUGCAGCCACUAACACUUUCACUGGAUUUUCUACUCCAUUAGAACGUGGCAUUCCUAUUUGUCGUCACUACCAAACUGAUUCUUUUGAUCAGUUAAAAUAUUGGUUUGAAAAUAAAGAAAAAUCUAAUUGUUUAAAUGUUCAUAUGGUUCAGCCACUCAUAGCAUCUAAUCCAUAUUCAUCGCCAUUUUUAUUGGCUUCAUAUGGCAUCAGUAACACAUUUACAGCCAUUGAUGUUCUUAAUCGAUGGCUAUGGAUAUUAAAAAAGUCUCGACAGUCGAAUGUUCGUGUUGUUGCUUUUUCAACUGAUUGCGAUCCUAGAUAUUUGCUUGCGAUGCGUUUGGCUACAGGCUUUUUCGCAAAGCUUGCUAAUAAUAGGAUAAAAAACUUUGGAAUUUUAUGGGAAUCCCAUGGAAAUCGUGGGAAUUCCAUGGAAAUCCCGGCAAUCUCAUCGAAAUCCCGGCAAUCUCAUAGAAAUCCCGGCAAUCCCAUGGAAAUCCCGGCAAUCCCAUGGAAAUCCCGGCAAUCCCGGAAAUCCGAAAUCCGCCGAUUCCCCCUUGUGAAACAACAACAAUAUAAAAUUAUACAAGAAGCAAAACGUACAUGGUUAAAUAUUAAUGUUGAUGCACAUGAAAAGAAAUAUCAAGAAUAUGAACAUCAAUAUCAACAAGAUUUAAAGCAAUUCGAAUUCAUUAGUUCAACUCAUAUCGAUACGAAUGACACAACUCUAUUCAAUUGUUUUCUUCUUUAUAUCGGUCAUCGAAUCCAUAGAUUGAAACAAGAGAUUUAUUAUGAAAAAUUACCAGUUUACCGAAGAAAAUUCGUACGACUUCGUCGACGUUUAAAACCAACAAAGAAAAACCUAGUGACAAUUGCUCCGAUAAUUAUUCUUGAUCUUAUUCGUCAUCCAUUUACUGUUGCUGAAUUAGCUUAUCUUUCAAGAGGUCCAACUUAUAUAAGACCUAAUCAAAGUGCACUUCGUCCAUCUGGUCAACGAGAAAAACAAGUUGACAAGAAAAUGAAUGAUAUUAUCAACAAAGUCAAGAAUUAUAUGGCUAAUGUCUAUGAUGGACGAUCUAAAAUACCGACAACAGUACCAAUGUAUAAAUUCUAUUCAGAACGUCUUCGCACCUAUCUUCUUUGUCGUUAUAUGAUUCCAUUACCUUUGAUGGAUCAAUUACGUGCACGACGAGAAUUAAAACUAGACAAAUCUAUUCGACGGAAAUUAAAGAACUAUAAACUUGUUCUACGUGAAACAGACAAAAGUGGUGUACUUCAUAUCGGUCAUGCUCGUGAUUAUGAACGAAAAGCUAUGGAAUAUCGAGAAAAAACAGGUGCUCACGAAGAAUUAACAUCCAAUCCAUUGGAUGAAAUAUUUUAUCAAGUGAUUCAAUUAUUAAAUAAAUUACGUUCCGCCAAUAAAAUAAGUGUACCGCAAAAAUUAAAGAUGAUGCCUAUUCGAAAUAAGAUAGAAUUAGCCUAUAUGUAUUUUCUUCAUAAAUCACAUAAGAAAGGAACACCACUUCGACCCAUUAUAAAUACCAUACAUGCAGCAACAACACAAAUUUCUAAACAUCUCGAUGAAUUAAUUCGUCCAUUAUUUGAUCGAUAUGCUCGUCAUACGACGAUUGUGGAUGGUGUUGAUCUUCUUAGUCGACUUCAUAAAUAUAUUCAAAAUGGAUAUUUUAAUUCAUCGACUCUUUUUGUAGCGUUUGAUAUUACGAAUCUUUAUACUAUAUUACCACAAGAAGAAUCCUUAGUUAUACUUGCUGAAUUUCUUCAUGUACACCAUUGUGACAUAAUCCAAGGAAUUUCAAUUGAUACUAUUUUAGACUUAGGUCGUAUUGUACCUCAAGCCAAUGCUUUUGUUUAUGGUAAAAAAUUCUGUCGGCAAAUUAUUGGUAGUGCUAUGGGAUCAGUAUUUACAUUAACUUUGGCAAAUAUUUUCAUGUGGAAAUGGGAACGACAAGCUAUUCUUUCAAAAUUACCUGCGCAUGAAUUUUAUGGCCGUUAUAUUGAUGAUAUCUUCUUUACUUGCAAUGAAUCUGAAACGAAAGUUAAGAAAUGGUUAGAAUCAGCAAAUCAAUUUCAUCCGAACAUUAAAUUAACCUAUACAAUCGCCAAGAGUGUUCCAUUUCUGGAUGUUCUUGUUUGUAAUCAGAAUGGUAUUCUUUUCUCAUCCGUCUAUCAUAAACCAGCAGCGGAACUAUCUCUUUUAUCAUUUUUGUCGGAUCAUCCUCGACAUGUCUUUCGAAAUGUGAUUCAAACUGCUUUGAUGAGAGCUAUACGAUAUUCAUCGACAUUUGAAGCACUUAAUAUUGAACGACGUUCUAUUCGUUUAACUCUAUUAUUAAAUGAGUAG